AUUUCAAGUUUUCAACAAAUACAAUUCUCAAAAAAACACUUUGCAACCUCUUCUUCAAUCACAAGCACAAAUAUGUCAACACUUAACACUUCUGGCAUCCUACACUCAUCUCCCUAUUCUGCAGUAUCCCCCAGUCUAUGCAAGAAAGGCACAUUUAUGUCUAUCUCAAAAUCACGGACUACAAAUAUUCCCCUCCCAAAUCUCCAAACUAGAGUUUUUGGAGAUGAGCUGGAGUUGGGCAGAGAUUUGAUAAUCAAAUCUUUGACUGGUACCCUUCUCAAGAAACAGGCAAACACCAUUAGAACUGGCAGAGACAGUGCUGAUGAAUCAGCUGAUUCAUUGGUGCUGGCAAAGUUAUACGCCAUCUUGGAGGCAGUUGCGGAUAGAGUGGAGAUGCAUAAAAAUAUUGGGGAGCAGAGAAAAAACUGGAACAGCCUACUUUUGUCGUCCAUUAAUACAAUUACUCUUGCUGCUGCAACGAUGUCGGGAGUUGCAGCCACAACUGCUGUUGGCAGUGCUCCUGUGGCAGCCUUAAAGAUGUCCUCUACUCUAAUGUUUCUUGCAGCAACUGGGAUGCUAUUGAUAAUGAAUAAGAUUCAACCCUCCCAACUUGUAGAGGAGCAAAGAAGUGCUACAAGAUUGUUCCAGCAGUUGCAUAAUGAAGUCCAAACGGUUAUAAGUAUAGGUCAUCCCACAGACAAGGAUGUAAAGGAAGCAGUGGAGAAAGUUUUGGCACUUGACAAGGCCUAUCCACUUCCUCUCCUUGGUGUCAUGCUCGAAAAAUUCCCAUCUAAAGUAGAACCUGCAGUUUGGUGGCCUCAACAGGCAAACGAUUCCUCCCACAAGACGGGUUCGAAAUCGAAUGGCUGGAGCUCGAAGCUUGAGAAGGAAAUGAGAUCAAUUGUUGAGGUUCUAAGGAUUAAGGAUGAAGCAGAAUAUCUAAGGCUGGGUGGGAAAGCCUUAAAGUUUAACAAAUUGUUAGCCAUAAGUGGUCCCUUUUUGACUGGCAUUGCUGCCAUUGGUUCUGCUUUUGUGGGCUCUUCUUCUCAUAUUGGUUUCUUGGCGGCCAUGCUUGGAGUCGUGGGCGGCGCAUUGGCAAGCAUCGUCAACACAUUCGAGCAUGGAGGACAAAUUGGAAUGGUGUUUGAGAUGUACAGGAGCAAUGCCGGGUUCUUUAAACUUAUGGAGGAAUCCAUAGAAUCCAAUAUGAUGGAGAGACGAGAAAAUGGUGAAUUAUUCGAAAUGAAGGUAGCUUUGCAACUAGGAAGGAGCUUAUCCGAGCUCAGAGAUCUUGCAUCUGCUUCUUCUUCUUCAAACGAAGUUGAAGAUGUCAAUGAGUUUGGUAGCAAGCUAUUUUGAUAGAUCAGGAUUUUCUUAGCCGGACGAACUCGAGUCAAUGAUUGUGUGUAUAUACUUGUAUAUAUAACUGACUUUUUUUAAAUCUGUAAUUCUUUU